AUUCCGGACACUUCACCGCCCCUCUCCUCCUCCUCCUCCUCCUCCUCCUCCUCCUUCUCCUCACCUCGCAGAGCUCGACGCGCGCGCAGGCACAACAGAUGGUAACAUUGCUGCCGGACGCAGGAGCGGAAGAAUUUUGCGUUGAAGUACUUUUAUUCCUCUAAACUUCACAGGAACGUUGCGGGAUUCUCGAGGAUAAAAUCCACUUUUUGGCGUCACUGGAUCUUUAAAGACUCAAUUUGCUGUCAAGCUGCUGCAAGACGCAGAGACUGAGCUGAAGUUUGUCUGGAGCUGUUUUAACUCUGUGGUGUUGCUGCUGCACAGGAUUCGCUACAGAGACGCUGUCAGGAGUGGCCAUGUCGUUUGGCUGUUUAACAAUCCGGGAAAAGAAGGAUUACAACAAUCCUUCAGAUGUGACAGAUAAAUAUGACCUUGGUCAGAUUGUUAAGUCGGAAGAGUUCUGCGAGAUAUUCAGGGCCAAGGACAAAACUACCAUGAAAAUGUACACGUGUAAAAAGUUCCUGAAAAAGGACGGGAGGAAGGUCCGCAAGGCGGCCAAAAACGAAAUCCUCAUCUUAAAGAUGGUGAAGCAUCCCAAUAUUCUCCAACUGGUUGACGUCUACGAGACCAAAAAGGAAUACUUCCUCUUCCUUGAACUUGCGACAGGCCGGGAGGUGUUUGACUGGAUCCUGGAUCAGGGCUACUACUCCGAGCGCGACACCAGCAAUGUGGUGCGCCAAGUUUUGGAGGCCGUUGCCUAUCUGCACUCCCUGUACAUUGUUCAUAGAAACCUCAAGCUGGAGAACUUGGUGUACUACAACCGGCUGAAGCACUCCAAAAUAGUCAUCAGUGACUUCCAUCUUGCCAAGCUGGAGAACGGAUUAAUCAAAGACCCAUGUGGGACACCAGAGUACUUGGCUCCUGAGGUGGUUGGUAGGCAGCGGUAUGGCCGACCUGUGGACUGCUGGGCAACAGGUGUCAUCAUGUACAUACUGCUGUCAGGCAACCCUCCUUUCUACGACGAAGUCGAUGACGAUGAUUAUGAAAACCAUGACAAGAACCUGUUUCGAAAGAUCCUGGCAGGCGAUUAUGAGUUUGACUCUCCUUACUGGGAUGAAAUCUCUGAUUCAGCUAAAAGUCUGGUUGCCCGUUUGAUGGAGGUGGAUCAAGACCAGAGACUGACGGCCCAGGAGGCCAUCAACCAUGAAUGGAUCUCCGGUGGUGCAGCUUCAGAUAAGAACAUUAAGGAAAAUGUGUGCGCACAAAUAGAAAAGAACUUUGCCAGAGCUAAGUGGAAGAAAGCUGUUCGGGUCACCACCAUCAUGAAGAGACUGAGAGCGCCUGAACAGAGCGAGUCGAGGUCCACCAGCCCUGCAGCCGACGCCCCUGCAGACCCCGCGGCUCCCCAGGCUGCCCCCGACCCCCCCGCGCCAUCGUCUGCCACCAUGCCCGAAGGCGCCCCUGCUCCAGUCACAGAGCUCCCCGCCGGAGGGGAGGUGAGCCAACCGGAGGCCGAAGCCACGGCGGCAGUCUCUGCUGAAGAUCCCCAGCAGCCGAGCCCGGAUCCUCAGGGGGCCGCGCCCACGUCACGUUGCAAUGGCGAAGCUUCGGCCUCUCUUCACACAGCUGCCGAGGCUGGGGAUGAGCAGGGUUAAACGUCCACCCCCACAGCCACCCUGUGUGACCUCUGCAGCCCCCGCCAGCUCCUGCACACUGUAAAUUAGCUGCUAGCAUGGUGACACUGACUCGGCUUCUCUCACUCGCAGCAUCACUUCACGGAGGCUGCGCGCAACCUUUCCUCGGUGCUGCGUGGCAUUGGCUUUUUUCCUGUCUCGUUUUGUUCUUCCUGUAACGUGUAUCCACCAAACCCCCAUAAACCACAUCUUUCUCCUUGAACUUGAAAGCAUCAGAGGCAAAAUUCAUCUGCUGUGAGACUUACAGCUAAAGUCGCCUUUUGGUUGCUCUAAGUGAUAAGACAGUAAAGGAAGAUUAAAUUUAGCUAAAUAUGACUUAAUAAGCCAACUUGGGGAACAUCUCUGCCAGUUUUACAAUUAAACCAUUAGUUCUGAUGAUGAUUAGAAAGGUUUAACUCAAAAUUAGUCUCAUAUUUUGUAAGAGCUGGCCCUCACACGAUGAGAAGAUUCCUUGUAUUCCUUUCACAUGGGAAAUGUGUAUAACUUUACUAUCUAUUACUGUCUACACUACCCGGUAUUGUCCUUAAACAGUGUUGAGAUUGGUGACUGGGAGUUUUUAAGCCCAGUUCUCUACUUUUUUGAAUGAGGCAGCUUCACACACACACAAACGUGAUGUUCAUUUUCUAAGUUCCUGCUCAGGAAACAAUCUCACAGCUGUACAUGUAAAGAUUCUGUACAUAGAAACCUUUGUAGAAGUAGCUGAAAGAGCAUGCACUCUCCCUUUCUGCUGUCCGGUUUCCACGUCCUCCCACGUGGCGGAUAAAGACGAGUUACCGCCAACCUCAUCUUAUCGCCGGCCACAGCACCCGCGCUUCUCGCCACAAGCCUCGUCUAUGCUAACGUCCUUUUCAGAAGCUACUGAACGCAUUACUACUGUUCUUUCUCGUGCUCUCGCUGUAAAUGUAAGUUACAUGAAGGAAAACACACUCUUCAUCACAGUGCAGUUCUAUGCAUCCAAAUUUAUUUGUAGCUUUUUGUUUUUAGGCACCACAACAAAUGACAUGACAUCUUUAUCCAACUUGGGAAAAAUGUUUUUGUAUUUUUUUCCACUAGAUGUCGUUUGUAUCUUAAACACAUCACGUGUUCAGGUACACGAACGCAGCACAAGUCUGCAGACUGGGUGGAAACUAAAAACCUGCUCAUAGCCAACCAUGUUUAGGGAAAGACUGUUUGUCAACAACUGUUUAGAAUUUAUUUAUUUAUUUAUUUGCAUUUACAAGUCAACAAAAAUGAAGACAGGGUCGGAGAAGUUAUUUAUACCAACAUACAAAGAGAGAAAGGAAAGCAAAACAAAGCAAAAAGAACAGCAGGUCAGCAAAUGAUUGAAAGUGUAAGAAAAUUCUUUAUAUAAUUAACAAUGUAGGAUGGCAAAAAAAAAGAGUAAAUAAAGUUUAAAAGCAGAAAAGCCAAAUAAAGAAAAGAAUAAUUAAAUUAUGAUUUAAAUAUUGUUAUAAGAUAUGGUGAUUCAAACACCUUUAUAUAUUCAUUAAUUAAUAUUUCUCAUAUAUGCUUCAAUUUUUCAGCUUUUCCAGUCACUUUUGUUUCAGUUUGUUUAUUUGAUUUUUAACGUUGAUGAACAAAAAUAACAACUUCUACCUUCCUGUCACUGGUCCCCUCCAGCAUUAAUAAUAAUAAUAAUAAUAAUAAUAAUAAAUGACCUACAGGUAGAGAUGUCUUUAAUCACUCUGGAGGAAAUUGAGCAAUACUUGCUGCUGCAGAAACUGUGAUUCUUGGUGUCCUUUUGUACCUGUAAGAAGACGUCUAGUCUUUGCCAGCUGUCAGGUCCUCCACACACACACACACAC